AUGCGGGUGGGCAACCGGGGCACCAUGAUGCUGAUGACCACAGCGGGGGCUUUCUGCGCCUUUAGCCUCAUGACCAUCGCCGUGGGGACAGACUACUGGCUUUAUUCCCUUGGUAUGUGUCGCUCCAAGACCGCCAACGACAACGAAACCAUCCGCAAGAACGAAGAGGUGCUGACCCAUUCCGGCCUGUGGCGCACUUGCUGCACAGAGGGAACAUUCCGUGGAGUUUGUAAAGAUAUUGAUCACUUUGCAGAGGAUGACUAUGAACAGGAUGCAGCCGAGUAUUUACUACGAGCAGUGCGUGCCUCCAGUCUCUUCCCCAUCCUCAGUGUGGGUUUGUUGUUCAUAGGUGGCGUGUGUGUUGCCGCCAGCGAGUUCUACAAGUCCAGACAUAAUGUCAUUCUCAGUGCGGGUAUCCUCUUCGUCUCUGCAGGCCUGAGCAACAUCAUCGGUAUCAUAGUGUACAUAUCAGCCAACUCGGGGGACCCCAGCCAGAGCGACCACAAGAAGAGCUACUCGUACGGCUGGUCCUUCUACUUCGGCGCGCUCUCCUUCGUGCUGGCGGAGAUGGUGGGCGUGCUGGCCGUGCACGUGUUCAUCGAGAAGCACCGGCAGCUGCGCACGCGCGGGCGGCCCUCCCUCAUGAAGCCGCCGUUCGCACACAGCUCCUCCUACUACCGCAACCGCUACUACCAGAACCGCUCGCGGCGCUACAGCACCAGGAGCGUCCACAGCGCGGGCGAGCCGGCCGCCGCCAGGCACUCCUUCCACGGCGGCGGCUCGCUGCGGGACGGAGAGACGCCCUUCUCCGGCCAGGAGGCCAAGGGCAACGGGGGCUCGCCCGGCUCGCGGACGAUGACGCCGCCGGAGCCCGAGUUCAUGCUGUACACCUUGGCCACGCCGUCGCCGCCGCCCCCACUGAACGAUGUGAAAAUCAACAUGGCCGCCGACGUCGACAACGUGAACCACUCGGAGACGAACCACAUUGACACUGAGAUGUUGCCGGGCAACUGUGCCGUGAACAGGAGGACCACGCCGGUCUGA